UUAUUAACAACACUAAUAACAGCUUUACUCACAAGGAUAGCACACCGGGGGAGGGAAAUUAUUUCUUUACAUAUUGUGUGUGGCAGCUCUAAUGUUCAAUGAAAGGUAAAUGACCUUUUUUUCUUGUUUUUAAAAACAUUGAUGUGAGAAGAGAACAGAGUGUGACAACACAGGCUUCACUGACCAAGAAGACACUAAAUUGUUGAUUAUGAAAUCAGCACAAUCAUGGAAUGUUCUGCAUCAGUUGCUUUGUUUUGCACUUUAAUAUCAGUGCAUCCAUGUGUCUCUGGAUUUUGAUGUGUAAAUCUUUCUCACUUGGACAUGAUAAUUAUUUUGGAGCAUCAAAUCAUGGAUAAGUCAAUCCGUAAUACAUCCAAUGGAAAACCUACCAUUCCACCAAAACCAAACCUUAAUGCUUCACACCAGUCGAGCCACUUUGGUCCCUCUAGCAGAGUGGCUCACGCUGUGUGUAACUUUGAACAAGGAAUGGCCAAGCAAACGGCAGUAAACAACAGUACAGCGAAAAGAUACUCUGAACAUAUGAGCCAAGAUGGAAGGUCUGAGGUAGUUGGAACUAGAUUGUCAUGUCCACCCAGGGCAAAGGACCAAGCAGAGGAUAUAUCUUCAUUUUCAAGACUUGGGAAAAGUGGACAGAUGCUGGGGGAAACAAAUCUUCAACUGGCAGUAGAUGAUGUGGAUGUUGGUCGUUCAGCUCCUGAUGGCAGUGAGGUAAAUAUUGUGAGUGGCACCAUAGAGAAUCAUCAGGGCUCAACUGUGCCACCUACCCACUCAGAGGAGAAACACUGUCAUUGCCUCUGCCAUCUUCAAAGGCCUGGUAUGAAACUUGUCUGGGUACCUCUACACGAGGAGAAAAAUGACGUGGAUACUGCAAUUGAAAAGAAUCACAAACAUCGAAAUAGAGGAGGUCAGAGAAAUGAGCAUGUUUUACACCUAACCAGCAAUGAAGCCAGUUGGCCACCGAACAGCCCGUCUAUCAAUUCAAAACCCGAAGCGUUGCCUCCAUGUAUAAAUUGCCAAAGCUUUCUGCUUCACCACAGCCCUCACAAAUUAGCAGGAAAUGGAUUUGCAUAUGCUAAUGAGUCAUUUCAAAGCCAUUCAAAACCCCCUUUACCACCAAAGACUUAUCAGUCAUCUGAGUAUCAAAAUACCAAACAAUAUGCACAGCUGGAGCACACCGAUGCUCAUAUAUAUUUGGAUAUUUUGCCAUCAAAUGACAAUAAAGUUACCCCUCCAGCUGUCCCCCCUCGACCUCCCCCACGACUUCCUCUACAUCCUCAAAAGACAAAGAUACGGUCUUCUCACCCAGCGCUGGCAUGUGUAGUCUCUCUUCGAGGCGGCGGUCCACCAAUCAGACACACCAGCAGCUGUGAGAAUGGAAGAUCGUCUCGUCCCAUAUCUAUGCCAAACCCAUCAGGUAAGAGCUAUGAAAAUGGUGAUUUUGAAGACUGGGAGUCUGUUGACACGGAAGCGCUGUGUGACAAAACAGGAAGCCCACGGAGAAUCUCCAGUGACUGGGAGCCAAACAGUGACUAUGAACCUCUAUAUCAGAUCUACCAGGCAAAGGUCUUGAAUGAAGCAAGUCAGAUCCAGUCUGAUAGUCCUGAUUGCAACAGGAGGAGUGUUAGUGAAACCCUGGGUCUUGAGGGUCCCGGAGGGCUUGGGGUGGUUGGCACCCGAUUCAAGAGAGGCCCUGAAGAGAUUACACUUUGGCAGGAUUUACCAGUGGUGAAGGAAAGUGGAGUGUUACAUAAACUCACUCGCACUGAAAAACAGAGACAAGAGAGCAUGUUUGAGGUGCUCACCUCUGAAGCCUCAUACCUGCGCUCCCUCCGUGUUCUGAAGGAUCAUUUCUUGGGGUCACGGGAACUCAAUGAGACUAUGGUCAUUCAUGAUAGGAGGGCCCUCUUCUCCAACCUCUUGCAGGUCUAUGAAGUCAGCGAGAAGUUUAUAGGGGAUCUGCUGAAGCGAGUAGAUGAGAGUGUGGUGAUAUCUGAUGUGUGUGACAUCAUUUAUGAGCACUCAGAGAACCAUUUCUCAGUCUUUAUUGAUUAUGUCCGAAAUCAGCAGUACCAAGAGAAAACCUACAGCAGACUGAUGGAGAGUAACAGAGAUUUUUCUCUUGUGAUGAGGCGGCUAGAGUCAUCUCCACUCUGUAAACGUCUGCCCUUCACAUCCUUUAUGCUUCUGCCUUUCCAGCGAAUCACCCGCAUCAAAAUCCUUAUACAGAAUAUUCAAAAGCGGACUGCAAAGGGCACUAAAGAGGAGGAAACAGCUUCCAAGGCCCUGGCUUCAGUCUCCAAGCUAAUCACACAGGCAAACACACAGGUGGGGCAGAUGAAACAGAUGGAGGAGCUCAUUCAGAUCUCUAACAAGCUGGAGUUUGACAAGCUCAAGGCAAUUCCAAUUGUUUCUAAAACACGCUGUCUAGAAAAACAGGGAGAACUACAAGAGUUAUGUAAAAGAGGGUCUCUCUUCAGCAUCCGCAAAAAAUGUACCCCUGUGUACAUGUUCCUCUUCAAUGACCUUCUCAUUCUCACCACAAAGAAAAGUGGCUGUCCAGACCGCUUUGUGGUGAUUGAUCAUGCGCAUCGGUCUCUGGUUCAGGUACAAGCCACAGAAAACAAUCUUGGGCCACACUUGGAUCACUGUUUCUGUUUGACCCUCCUGGAAAACCAUCGGGGGAACACCUGUGAACACUUGCUCAAGGCUAAUACAGAGUCAGACAUGCAUAGGUGGAUGGCUGCUUUCCCAUCGAUUAAAGCAGCCCUCGGGGAGGAGAAGAUUUAUGAGGACUGGGACUGUCCUCAAGUGCAGUGUGUCAGUCAGUAUGUAGCAACACAGGCAGAUGAGCUAAGCCUGGAGCCAUCUGAUGUCAUCAAUGUGCUGCGCAAAACCAGUGAAGGUUGGUAUGAAGGCAUGCGUCCCUCUGAUGGAAAGAAAGGCUGGUUUCCAGCAGAGAAUACAUCAGAAGUAACCACUGAUCACCAGAGAAGGCGGAACGUGAGGGAGAAGUACCAAAUCGCACAAGCAACCAGUCAAAACACUCCAGUUUGACGCCUAUAUACUAGCUGCCCAUCUCAUUCACCCUCCUCAAUAGCUUCCUGUCACUCACAAACGCAAAGACAGUAUGAAGUUGUCUGGCACAAACACUUAUUACCUAUCGAAGAAGGAAGCUUGGGCUAAUUAUUAUCAUUAUAUUUAGAAUAUGAAGAACAUCAAAAAGUUUUUAAAAAAUGUUCAAAAGGAAGCCUGGAUUGUAAAUAAUAAAUUUAAAAUGAAUAAAUUGUAAAUUUUAUUAGAUCUGCUGUUGUCAUAAGGUGACAAACAGGACGAGCCCCUUCCAUUGUGCUGUCAGGCUCCACCUUCAGCUCCAAUAGUGCAGGCAAGUUUUAUUGCUACAUUUAUUUAAAAAACAAAACACAAUUAGUUUUUUUUUUUUUUCACAGGUGACCCAAUAAAUUCACAGGUGACCCAAUAAAAUGUUUACUAAUA